GGCUGCGUCCGAUUCUCCAGGAUCUUCUUGUAGGGCGGUUCUCUUCGAAGAGCAAUUUUCUGCUGGUCUUAGGUUUCCUUUAGAUUCAUUUUUAGUAGAAGUGUGUAGGGAUUUAAAGGUUGCUCUGGGGCAACUUUACCCUGGUACGAUUAAAGUAGUGCUCGCCUUUUCGGAGGCAUGUAGGCUCCGGGGCUGUGCCCCUUCUCUCAAAGUGUUAUAUCAUUUUGUAGACUUUAGGAAGUGUGAUGGUUGCUUCGUUUUCGCCCUUGGCAGGGAAGGGCGAUCUCGUAUUUAUCUUCCUUGCCUAACCAGUCGCUGGCGAAGGCGUUUCUUUAUUGUUUACCAUAAAUUUGCUUUUCUUCAUUUUUCGGAUGGUUUUUCUUCUCAUCAAGUUCGGAGCUGUCCGUCUCCUUUAAGUUUAUCCGAGUCAAAACUUGCUUUUGACAUAUCUUCCUGUAGUAUUGUAUCGCGUCCCAUUCUAGAUGUCUUGGUCAAUAGUCAUCUUCGGAGUCGAUGGUUUCCUUUGGAGGAUCCUCCUCGAGGCUUGGCGGAUCUUUGCUACUCUUUUGUUCAAGGUAUAUUAAUUUGCUUAAGUUCUUUUUAAUGUUUCUUUUGUAGGAUGUCUUCUUCUUCUGACGAUUUCCUUUCCGGAUUUCAAGUAGAUUUGGACGUUCCGAUGGGUGGUCCUGACGUUCCUAUCGCCAACAUUGUUCCUGGCGACAUUGUCGUGGAUGGGGCUCCUGUUGAUAUCCCCCUAGCUCCCGCCGAGAUAGCGUUGCCUGAGGUUAUUGUUGUAAAUGAUGAUGAUGAUGAUGAUGAUGACUCGGCUGAUCCAGUAGGUGACGAGGCGGUUCCGUCGCCACUUCCCCCUCUAGCAUCAUUUGCCGUUUCUGGGGGAGUUGGGGGUGUGACUUCAGAGGGGUUGGUUGUUGCUGAUUCGGGAGAGAUUCCUCAGGGUCGAGACCCGGAUUCUCCGUCUAGGAAGAGGCGUCGAGUUGGCGAUGGUUCUCCAUCGAGGGAGAAUUUUCCUGGAGACUCUUCUUCUGCUCCAGAUUUGGUGCAGUGGGUCGAAGGUCAGGAUCCUGCCAGUUUGCUGAAUCCUAGAGUGCUAGCGGAAUAUAUCCGGACUUUGGCGAUUCCUGAUGAUGUUACGUGGUUUUGUGGUAGGCCGGGUCAGGAGCUUUCCGAUCUGGCUUGUUUUCAUGGUUUCUCUGCUCUUCAAUCUGUUCUGGUAUUGAACGACCGCCGACAGUGUGCCGAGGAGGAGGUUGAGCGUCUGUCCUCUCUUUUGGCGACUUCCGAGUCUGAAAGGGCCAAAUUGAAGGCUUCUUUGGAAGAGCAUGAUUCCCUUAUGGCGCAGCUUAAGGCGCAGGAUGCGAUUAAUGAUCGCCAAGUUAAAGUGAUCGAGAAGAAAACUGAUGACUUGACUCAAGAGAUUGAGGAGCUCAUUCGAAUCAAUUCCCUCGUUGGUGGGGAGAGGGACAGUCUAAGAUCGGAGGUUGAGAGUCUUCAUAUCCGUCUGCUAGAUACGAAAGCUUUUUACUCUGCUUUGAUAAGCGAGUAUCGUCUUGCAAUUGGGAGGAAGCUUCUAGAGCAAAAUCCUGAUAUUGAUCUUUCUGGGGUUAACGGGUUGGAUCCCCAAGCCAUCGCUCGUGAUCUUCUUGUCAAGAUGUCUAAAGACCAAUUCAAGAUUAAAGACCUUGGAAAUCUAAAGUAUUUCUUUGGUUCGGAAGUGGCCAGGUCAACAGAUGGAAUCAACCUUUGCCAAAAGAAGUAUGCUAUAGACUUACUGACUGAAAUAGGUUUUUUGGGAUCUAAACCAGCAAAGACACCAAUAACUUCAGAAACAAGGCUUAUAAAGCAUGAUAGUCUUACUUACAAAGAUGUUAAAGCAUACAGAAGAAAAGCACUUUCAGCAACAUCAAGGAUACUAAGAUACAUAAAGAAGUCAUCAUCUCAAGGUUUGUUCUUCUCUACAGAAGCAAGUCAACAAUUGAAGGCUUUUUCAAACUCAGAUUGGGCUAACUGCCCUGAUACAAGAAAAUCAAUAGCAUGUUUCUUGUUUUUCUUGGAACUUCAUUAA